AUGGAUUGUAUAGUGGCGGCGUCCACUGGUGCCUUGAAAGGCAUAAAUUUACGCGAAAAUUCGUUUGUAAACUUGCUGCCGAUAAAGACCUUGGCACCGAAGCAGCAUGAAAUUACCAGUAUGAUUUGGUCUGACUCGGGACAGUCCGAAGUAUUGGCAGCUUUAUUGGACAGGCAGUUGAAGUUGUAUGAUGCCCAGAAAAACACAUUCAACCCGUUGUACAAAAUUGAAGGAGGCGAAGGAGCUGUACAAGGUCUUCACCUGAUUGAAGGGCGUAAAGUUGUUUCUUGCGUUGAAUCCGGCCACCUGAAUGUAUGGGAUAAAUCUGGUGAAAGUACUGCCGAAUGGGAAGCCGGCCCUGGCGUCAAGGUGAUGAGAGGUUCCAAUGCCCGCAAGGAAGUAGUCACAGGAGGAUUGAAGAAUCUAGUGAAGACGUGGGAUAUAGAAACUGGAAAACGUGUCUGGUCUGCGAGGAAUGUUCCGUUGGACUUUCUCGGAUUAGAAGUGCCUAUUGCAUGCACCGAUGCUCGAUAUGUUGAUGAUUCCGGGACCAUCGUAGAAGCUACAAAAGUUCAUGAGCUUCGUCUCUACGAUCCUCGCGCUCAGCGCCGUCCAGUAAAGAAGAUACCUUUCAUGGAUGUGCCAAUCACUGCGGUCAGUCGGUGCUAUCGCGACAAUCAUGUACUGGCUGCAAAUUCCAUCGGCGAGAUGGGCUUGUUUGAUCUGCGUAGUAAGGUUCAUCCUGUGUGCAAGUACAAAGGACAAGCUGGAGCGAUUCGCUCUAUCGAUGCACACCCGACUGCCCCUUAUGUAGCUACGUGUGGUAUCGAUCGUUUCGUCCGUGUGCAUGAUAUCAAUACCAAGAAGCUUGCUCAUAAGAUUUACUGCAAAACUCGUUUGAACCGUGUACUGAUUCGAUCGGAGCUACCGAGCAUAACUACGGUUGUGGAAGGCAAUGAUGAGGAGUGGAUGGAGUUGAAGGUAGGUUUAUACUCACAUUCUAUUCGAGUUGAUAGAUGUUCUGAUGUAGGUGAGGAUGAUUUAUGGCUUAUUCACUGUUGCCUAAUUCAGGAGAGCUGUGAUGAUGACGAUGAACCUGCCUCCAAGAAGAGGAGGGUAACUAAGUCCAAGAAGAGAAGAGAAGAACCAGAGGCAGAUGAGGUAAAGAAGCUGAAAUUUUAUCUCAAUAUGAGAAAAAACUGGUUCAUCUUCUGCCAAGGCUAUAGGAUUCAUUAA